AUGUUCAGUCAAGGUGUUCAGAAGAUCAAGCUUUCAAAAUCAUUCCACGACAUCUGCGUCAACAUAGGUGAGUGUAAGAGCCGUGAAGCUGAAGAACAAAUCGUUGGCCAGUGGAUGCAAGAUGUAAAGAAGACAUUAAGCAAGUCAAAAAUAGGUCUUUCAGAUCUUUACGAGAAUGUCAUCUCAUUAGUUCAUCUUACACUUCUCGGCUAUGAUACAUCUUUUGGUCAAAUCCAAGCAGUUAAUCUUACACAAGAUUCACAAAUGAUGACAAAGGCUCUUGGUUAUUUGGCAUGCUCAGCACUCUUCGAUUCGAAGUCAGAUCUCAUUGUUCUCAUUGUCAACUCUACUCAAAGAGACCUUUCAUCCGGCCAUCCAACAUCAAUGGCUUUGGCCUUAACAGCCAUCGCGCAACUUGUUACACCAGAGCUUAUUCAACCAGUUAUAGGCUUUGUUGGUCAAUGUCUUAACCAUACAGUUCCGAUUAUCCGUCAAAAGGCUGUAAUGUGUGUUCACUCCUUCAUUGAGAAGGAUCCAACCUGUGUUGUUGACUUCUUCCCAGAUCUCUGCCGUCUUCUCUCAGAUACAGACCUUUCCAUCGUAAAUGCAGUUGUUACAACCUUUACAACACUUCUCGAUAACAAACUUAACAUCCGUCAGAUCUGUGAACUUGUUCCAGACCUUGUUCGUACAGCCCAGCAGAUCCUUACAUCGAAUACAAAAAUUGAAUUUGUUCAUCAGAAGGUUAAUGCUCCAUUCAUCCUUGUAAACAUCUACAGACUUAUGCAGAAGAUUGCAGCCAACUCGGAAGGCAUCAGUGAACAGAUUGAACCUUUAAUUACCCAAUCAUUACAAACAGGAACUUUAGAAUCACCUGCAUCAGCUUCCAUCCUGUAUGAAGCCAUCAGAACAGCUAUUUGCCUCGAACUUACAGAGAUUCCUCAACUCAAAGGUGCAAUUUCCUUGUUCAUGAGUUCAAGAGAACAAAAUUACAAAUAUAUUGGUUUGUCACUUUUAUCAUCAAUUCCAGACUUUGCCACUGAGUUCCAAGGCAUUAUUAUUGAUUGUUUGGAGCAUCCUGAUCCAUCCAUCAGAUUGAUCACACUCAAUCUCCUUCACGCGAUGGCUUCUCCUGAUAAUUCACAAAUCAUUGUUGUCAACAUGUUGAAGUUCUUACAAAAAACAAAGAACGAAACAAUCAGACGUGAUUUAUCUGAUAGAAUCACAGACAUCGCUUCCAAAUACUCUCCAUCACCAAUAUGGUUUGCAAAGACAAUGGAGCAGCUCUUCUCUAUUGGUGGUGAUUUAGUUCGCCCUGAAGUUGCUUUCCAAGUCAUGAAAAUUAUUGAUGAUGAAUGCGAUGAAGAAAUGAGAAGAUCAAUUGUCAAUCUUUACUUGGAUGUCGCACAGUCUGCUCGUAGAUUAUCUGAUGUAUUUGUUACAGUAAUUGCCCAUGUAAUUGGUAAUUACGCUGAGUUAUCUGAUGAAUACGAUUUAUCUUUCAUUAUUUUGUUGUUGUGUGAUUUGGCAGAUGGAUAUGAUAAUCCAAGAGAAUGGGUUUUGAACGCUAUUCUGAAGUUGUUACCAAAGAUUGAAGAAGUUCCUCAAGAAGUGUUAGAUGUAUUUGAGAACUACAAACAAUCGAGAUCCAUCAUUGUUCAAAACAUUUGUUAUGAAGCAUUGCAAUUAUUGAAUUUCAGAGAAUCAUUGAACAUCAUUUUAACAAUGAAUGUUGAAGAGGAUCCAACACUUUCAUUCUUAGAUGAUUUCGUCAAUGAUGCAAUUGCUAAAGGAGGAAAACAAUACAUCCCAAUUGAUGACAGAGAUACAGAUGUAAUUGUUUCCAACAAACCAACUUUGAUUUACACUGCUUAUCCACAGAAUACAUCAGUUUACAGCAGUGAAGGUGUCAGUGGAAGUGGUCCAGUUGCUGCUCCUCCUGAAGAAGAUAAUACAUCAUUGAACACUGCUGGUGUUGCUGCUGUUUGGGGACAAGAUGGAUUAGUCACUGAACAACCAGAAGAAGAAGCUAGACCAGCUGUUUUACCUGAUGGAAUGUAUGCUGCUGAUUCUUCUUCUUCAUCUUCUCCAUCAAAGAAACCAUCAAUGUUUGCAAAACUUUCUAUCGCUGGAAAGAAGGCACAAAACAACCAGGAUGAGAAGAAAGAGAAAUUGGCUGCAUCAAUAUUCAAAGGUGUUAAACCAAUUGCAAAGAAACCAAAACAAGUUCAACAACAACAACAACAACAACAAGUUGAACAGCCAGUUUCUCAACCAGCAGAAUUAACUCCUGAACAGUUGCAAAUGAUUGAAACUGCAACACAAGAGUUACAAACACCUCCUCCACAACAAAUUGCUGAGUUUUCUCAGUCAGGAAUUUCUCCACAACCUGUUUAUUCCGAUGAAACAAUUAAAGUUAUUUCAUGCGCAUCAAAUGGAAAGAUAUUACUUGCAGCAAUGAAUGCAACAUCAAAUCCAAUUGUUGACUUCAAGUUGUCUAUUGAUGGACCAGAAGUUCUCAACAAAGAUGUUGUUUCUCAGCCACAAACAAUUAACUGCAUUCCACCACAAAACGCUGUUACAAUGUUGGCAACUUAUUCAUUCCCGAAGACAAUGAAAGGAUUCCCUCAAUUCAAGUUUGCUGCAAAUAUCGAAUAUAAUGGAAAGAAGAUCAAUGUUCCAUUACCUGCAAACUUGUUGACUUUCAUCGCUCCACAACAGUCAACAACAGCUGAAUUUGGUGCUGCUUGGAAGUCAGGUGGAAGCGAAAUUGUAUACACAAUUCCUCGCAGUGAAGGACUUACAAUUGAUGAAGUUUCUAGACUCAUGAAUUUGGCAAUUGGAGUCAAAACAGUCCAACGAAUUGGCCAGGAAGAGAUUUUCAUGGGUAUUCUUGUUUCUACCCCAUUCAAGAUUUUGAUUCAUGUCAAGUUUGGAAACCAGAAAGUCGACUUCAAAGUCUUGACAAAGGCACAGCCACUCACUGCUUCAAUUGUCAAUGACCUCAAGACAGUUUUCGCAUAA